UGUUCCGGUAGCGCUUCCGGGUUCUAAUGUUUACAUCUGGGAGCAGCUACAAAGCACACAGUUUGUUUUCCAGGCUAAUGAAAACCUCUUUGUACGUUAAGAACAGCAUGUUUUCCAAGUGCUAGGAUCUGUGCACAGUCACGGCAGCCUUCACGAGAUCAGCUGCUGACAAAAAUAACAAUAAACGAUGAAGAAGAAAAGCAGACAUACGAGGUCUUCUGAGACUCCGCAAAAGCUCAGCAGGACGCCAAUGCCAGUGGAUGUCACCCGUGAGAAGAGGUCACCUGGAAACAAAGGGCGACCUCGGAAGACUGCCGCUGUAACCACAGACAGUUUCUACCUGAAUGACAGCGCAACAGAAAAAAACGCCGACGCAGACUUCAAUGUGAUGACAGCUGAAGACACCCAGAAACAUCCAGAGACUAAGUCCAGAUCUUCAGGUAGACUCUCUGCUGCUGUCUGCCGGCUUUGUCACGGGAAGUUUUCCCCGCGCAGCUUGCGGCACGCCUUCAACAAAUGGCCUCGGGAUUCCCUCAGUAUCGUAGACGAGGAGUCAGACGCCGUGGCCCAGUCACCCCUUUUGUUCCACACAGACUUCCAAAGGCUGGUCGGGGUCCAGGUGGACCGUGACCCUCGGCUUUCGGAAUUUAUUUGCAAGAAAUGCCAUGCAAAGUUUUACAAGUGCCAAAGCAUCCUGAUCCGGUUUCUGCAGAGAGUCAACCUCCCCCCUGUGGGGAAGGAGAACCUGAAAAAUCAGAAGAAUGCAAAGGGUCCAGAGUCCUCUGUAAACCAUUGCUCAUCAACUCCUUCAUCCUUUACCUCAGACACAAAGUGCCUCCACAGUCUGGUGUCCUGGGCUCAUCACCACGGAGAGGCCUGCCGCUCCUGCCCCGACCUGAAGGAGGUGCUGGAGGGCCAGUGUCUGGGCUCCGUAAAGGCUGUUUGGGGCUGCGUCGAUGGUCACAGAUACAUUAUGGACACUCAGCGCAGCACCACCUCCAACCAGUGCUCGAGCAAUAGAGCAUUAGGGAGUGGGAGGGGUGAUGGAGUGAUGUCAGAGGAGGAGGAACAAGAGCAAGACGGCGAGGAAGAUGAAGAGGAGCAAUCCGGCGGGAACGGAAUAACCUCAUCGAGAAGUACUAGUACUGUGGUUCAGCGCAGUCCACCUGCAGCAACGGCUCAGACGCAGAGCUCAGCGCCUGAUGACUGGACAGGCGACAACGAAGAUUACACAGGUCACGAGGAGGCCCUGUCUCCUGCUCCGGCUCAGCUGGAGGACAGAACUGCUGACAGUGAUCUUUCUGACAGGGUCAUCUCUGAAGAUGAGUUUGAAGAGGGUAGAAAAGGAGGCCUGUCUGAUGAGGAGGAGUUUGAGCCAUACUCAGAGAAGAGAGGCCACAGGGUCAAUGUCCCAAACAAGAGAAGAAGAAGCUCAAAGGCCCCAGAGGAGCCCAAAAUCAGAAAGAAACCUGGACCCAAGCCAGGCUGGAAGAACAAGUUCAAACCUAAAGGGGAGGAGCUCCCCAACAUCUACAAGUGUCCAUAUCAGGGCUGUACGGCUGUCUACAGAGCUCCCGAUGGUCUCAAGAAACACAUCAAGGAGCAUCACGAGGAGGUGAGGGAGCGACCAUGCCCUCACCCUGGCUGCAACAAGGUCUUCAUGAUCGACCGCUACCUGCAGCGGCAUGUCAAGCUCAUCCACACAGAGGAGAGGAAUUACAUUUGUGACCAGUGCGGUCAAACCUUCAAACAAAGAAAACACCUAUCAGUUCACCAGAUGAGGCAUUCAGGGGCCAAGCCACUACAAUGUGAGGUUUGUGGCUUCCAAUGUCGCCAGCGAGCAUCACUGAAAUACCACAUGACCAAACACAAAGCCGAGGCCGACCUGGAGUUUGAGUGCUUGAUGUGCAGCAAACGUUUCGAGAAGGCCCACAACCUGAACGUUCAUAUGUCCAUGGUGCACCCGCUGACGCAGGCUGAGGCUCAGAGGGGCAGCGGGCAGCAGCAGCAGACAUACCCGGACCUACACACCAUCACACUGACCGGGGAGGUGGUUCAGCAAGAGCAGGACAGAUGACAGAAGGAAGUCUUGAUUCAAGGCAGCUGCAGAGAUACUUGAAUUGUGGCACAGGACCCAGAAACAAAACAGCAUUGUAGCACGGUGUUUCAUUUUAGCAUCAGCAGUUGAGUUUUCAUCUGAUGUUCCUUCACACUGACGCUCAUGACCUUCUUAAGACUUGUUGGUGUUCUGGAUUUAAGAGUUUCUUCCAGCUGGGUCUUUUGUGUUUUAAAGAUGUAUCCCUCAAGAUUUUCAGCCAAUUUGUUGACGACACAGCAGAAAAGACAUUAGUAAGAGUUCAGCGUCAAAGCAGUAUUUCAGUAUUCUUGAGUUAUAUUGAUUACCUGGUAUUCUCUAACUGAGAGGCCAAAAGGAAAAAUAAUUCAUCUUUUGACCCUUUUUGAAAACGCAUUGCUUCCUGUAACUGUUUCACAAUAAAACUGAUUAUUUCACAAGUGCUUUUAUUGUGAAACAGCAGCAGUAGGAAA